AUGCAGAAGUGCCGGUCUAUCAAUCCUGCCCUGGGGUCGCGGGCCUUCACCCCUGCCCCGCGGGUUCAGGUUCAGUUCCAGCGCCGCAACCUCCAGGAUGUCGCUAUUACUCGCACCGGAAGGCCCGUUCUGAAGGUCCAGGGUGGCCGCUCGUCCCUCGGAGGCCACACCGCGACUGUCUUUGGUGCCACCGGUUUCCUGGGUCGUUACAUUGUCAACAAGCUCGCUACCCAGGGAUGCAAUGUGGUGGUCCCCUACCGUGAGGAAAUGGCCAAGCGUCACCUGAAGGUCACUGGUGAUCUGGGCCGUGUUACUUUCAUUGAAUACGACCUCCGCAACACCCAGUCUAUCGAGGAGAGUGUCCGUCACUCCGAUGUUGUCUACAACCUCACUGGUCGCCAAUACCCUACCAAGAACUUCUCCUACGCCGAUGUACACGUUGACGGUGCUGAGCGCAUCGCCGAGGCUGUCGCCAAGUACGACGUGGACCGCUUCAUCCACGUUUCCUCCUACAAUGCCCGCCGGGACUCUCCCUCUGAGUUCUUUGCCACCAAGGCAUGGGGUGAGGAGGUCGUCCGCAAAAUCUACCCCGAGACCACCAUUGUCCGCCCUGCCCCGAUGUUCGGUUUCGAGGACAAUCUCCUUCACAAGCUCGCUGGCAUGUCCAACCUGUUCACUGCCAACCACAUGCAGGAGCGCUACUGGCCAGUCCACGCCAUUGACGUCGGUGCUGCCCUCGAGAAGAUGCUGCACGAUGAUAGCACCGUUGGCCAGACCUUCGAGCUCUACGGUCCCAAGAACUACUCCACCGCGGAGAUUGCCGAGCUGGUGGACCGUGAAAUCAUCAAGAAGCGCACCCACAUUAACGUCCCCAAGGCUAUCAUCAAGCCCUUUGCCUACUACCUCAACAAGUACCUGUGGUGGCACACCAUGUCCGCCGACGAGAUCGAGCGCGAGUUCAUCGAUCAAGAGAUCGACCCCACGGCCAAGACCUUCCAGGAUCUGGGCAUGAACGAGAUUGCCGACCUGGCGGACCUGACCUUCCACUACUUGCAGGGCUACCGUAGUGCCUCGUACUAUGAUCUUCCCCCGGCGACCGAGCGUGAGCGCCGCGAGGAGAAGAAGUACCUGCAUGUGCUGGACGACCAGUAG